GUCUGCUACCCAGUAUUCUGUGUGACACAGGUUUCAGGGCAUCACACUGGCGAGACAUGUUGUGUACAACAGGAACAUCCACCACAGAAAAUGACAUGGGGAUCCCAUGAGCUGAAAAACAAAGGAUAACCACCAUUGAGGAACGUUCGGACGAGGAGAUCGCAGCCCAAGGGGAAUAUUAGCCAUGUUGAUGCCAUGGAGACUGUUUCUCUGCCAGAUGGCUCUAAACAUAUUCUAUCACACUGCAAAAGUUGAUGGCUGUAAAUUCAGUGGUGUUCACAGUGAAAGCCAAAGAUGCUGAUGGAGACACGAUCACUUAUUUGACUGAUAAAUCCUCACCUGAUGCCAGCUAUUUCAGAAUAGAUCUGCCCAACAGUGGGAUGGUGAUCCUGGACAAACCGUUAGACUUUGAGACCAAAACACAGCUGCUGGUGGUCAUAUAUGCUGUGGAAAUGAACACAAAAGAAAAGUACAGCACAACAGCUAAAGUCACAGUAAAUGUUUUAGAUGGUGAUGACCAGUACCCACAGUUUCUGCCCUGCUCUCCUGUUUAUGAAGACAGUGAUCAUGCCAUCUGCACCAACCCUGUCUACACCGUCAACAUCACAGAGACAGAUGAGGACACUGUGCUAUAUUUCUCUCCGGGUCCCAUUCAUGCUGAGGAUGGAGACAAAGACAUCCAGACUCCUCUGGUCUACAGCAUAUUGUCUGGUGAUGACAAUGGCAGAUUUACACUUGACCAUGAAACUGGAGAGAUCACUCUGCUUCAACGUGUGGAAAACAGACUCUUAACCCCUUCAUUCAGGCUGCGCAUAAUGGCUGCGCAACUGAAUGACCCCAAGAAAUAUUCUGUGGCAACAGCCCUAGUACAUGUGAUAUCUGAAAACCGAUUCGCUCCUUACUUCAACAAGACCGUCUACAAAGGGUUCCUCAUUGAGAACGUCAGCCCUGCUACACUGGUCUCUACCUACGGGAACCAAGUCCUUGUCGUACAGGCCAUUGACAGAGACUUCAAAGAUGAAAUAAACCCAAAAGUCCACUACACACUGCACCCGAUGAUGGGCACCAAUAAACUAUAUCACAUCACCCAGGAUGGAAUUGUGAUUGCAAAGACUGACCGCCUUAGAGCCUUUGAUCGACACAUCUUGGAGGUGAUUGCAACAGAUGAAGAGUCGGGCGAGACUGCCCGUGCUUCAGUAGACAUAGAAGUUCUACAGAGGGGGCAACCAGUUCCCAGAAGUCCGUUUGAAGAGGAACGGUUGUUUGGAGACAUGAAUGCGGGUAUGGCUGGUGUCAUCGCUGCUCUUGUUCUUAUUGUGGCCAUGACAGCACUUUUUCUCCUCCUCUGGCUGGCAAAGAUAAGGAGAGAGAGACGGGAUCCAGCAGACAGGGGCUCUGUAGCCCUGGGAAAGCACCCUAAUGUGGAAGAAUCAUCACCCAUCUCUCAUCGCCACAUUCAAUGGGAAUGAGAUGAGCUGUAUUUAUAGACAUAGAUCUCAAAAGUCAUCGGCAGGCAUCUGUGCCAAGACAUGUAGAGCAAAAUAAAAGACUCUUUAAAAAACAUGGAGCUGAAAAACAAAAUGUUCUACAUAAUUUGCUAAUACGACUCUUGGAAGGCAGCAGUUUUUGUAACACUUUGGAUUACUCUGAGAAUGUUUGGAUUUUGUAUGUGAGAGAUACAGUGAGCUCUGAUAAUGGCAGCUUCAAAAAGAGUAAUAAAUAAGAGUAAAAAUAAAUGCUUUUCACAAUUUGAAGUGAUCAGUAAUUCAACUGAUUAAAAUCUCAGUUCUCCUACAAAUUAAUGCACUGGAACUUCUUAUAUUCUUUUUAUGUACCAACAGUACAAUUCCACAUCAAACCACAUUAUAAAUCAGAUUUCACUCUUUCAUAUACUGGUUGUUUUUGGCAAGAUCUACAAGAUGCAGUUGUAGAGACUUUGGCAAGUAGACUGACUCUGGAAAGAUGUCACAAGGGUUAUACAGUAUCUUAGUAAUAAUAUGGUUUUGACUCAAAAUUCCAUUUGCUCAUAUAUUAUUGUUUUCUCAAGCAGUGUUUUUGUUUGUUGGUUUCAAAUACCUAGUUUAAACUUGUCUUAAAUUAGUGUAAUUUCUGUGUAUUCCAUGCUCCAUUAUUAAAAUUCCAAUUGGCUAUUCUUUGCUAUACAAUAACUGUUAGGGUAAACAGGUUAAAAUGAUAAAACCACUCUGGCAUAUAUUCAGGUAAGGGUCAGUUUUAAAGUGAAGGUAGAUUAUAGCCCAAAGGUUGAACUGUUCGCAGGACAAGGCUUUUUUUUUUUUAAUUAAUGCUGAGUCUGGAUUUUUAUUGGUGUGUUUUAUAUAUUGUAAUUCAUAUUAUUAUUAUUAUUAUUAUUUGAUAAUUUACCAUUGCCAUUUUUGUUGGCUCAAACAAUGAUUUGAUUUUUGUUUUUCGAAUGUUACUUUUUAAAUUGUGUGCUGUUUCAUGAAUUAUUCUGUUUCAUCAUUAUUUUACCAUUUAAACUUGGCUGAAAACCAUUAGUAUAUAAUUUGGUCUGACAACUUUUGUAUUCCAAGGAAUAAAGAAAGUCAUGCAGGAACUUUAGUUUUUCUGCGGGACA